UUUGUGAGACAUUCCAAAUUACAGCUCAGAUCCGCGUGAAAACUGGAUUGAAGUGGACCGGAGCUGAAGACCUAGAAGGAAGUUGGUGGCGACGCUAGCGGCGGCGGCGGCGGCGUUGGCGGGAUCAAGAGAACAUCUGAUUUCUCUUAUACCAAUCAUCUGCUUCAAAACUGAAAAGGAUUCAGCUGUCUUUUUUCUACCAUUUUUCUGAAACGAGGAUUUAGGUUUUAACAGUUUGUAACGGGAAUCAAAGAUCCGGUCUUCCACUGUUUCUGAGUCGUUGCAUCACGCGUGGACGAUAUUUGGUUUUGCUUAUUGGAGGGUUCCGUUAUUGCAUGAGCAGUACCGCAUGGAUUUUUCCUCCAAAAAUAUUUCCUUUGACAAGGAUUCAUAUCAGCAGGAAUGGAUUGAGAUUCAAGAUAAUCUAAAGAAGAAAGUGGUUCUAGAAGAUGAUUUCACGUGGAAAAUAUCACCACAAGGCUCUUGUUUGGAUCAAGCUGGCAAUGUCGAGAGUCUUCAGUAUAUUGGAGGGGUUGAUGUGAGCUUUGUGAAAGAGGACCCUUCUUUGGCUUGUGGUGCCCUUGUGGUCUUGAAUGCUUAUACUUUGAAUGUUGUUCAUGAAGAAUUUGAAGUUGUUCGAUUGAAAGUACCAUAUGUUCCUGGUUUCCUUGCUUUUAGAGAGGCUCCUAUAAUUCUUGGAAUUUUGGACAAAAUGAAGCAGAAAGCUCAUCCUUUUUAUCCACAGUUAUUAAUGGUUGAUGGAAAUGGGAUACUUCAUCCUAAAGGCUUUGGUCUAGCCUGUCAUCUUGGUGUCUUAUCGAACAUUCCUGCUAUAGGAAUUGGGAAGAAUCUGCAUCAUGUGGACGGUCUUACCCGGUCAGGAGUAAUGCAAUUUCUCCAAGGUGGAGAAAGCAUGGCAAAGGAUGUUAUACCAUUAGUUGGGAAAUCUGGACAAACUUGGGGAGCAGCAGUGCUUUCUACUCCUGAUUCAUUAAAACCAAUUUACAUAUCACCCGGUCAUCGAAUAUCUAUUGAUUCAUCCAUCAGAGUUGUCAAGCUGUGCUGCAAGUUUCGUGUACCCGAGCCAAUCCGACAGGCUGAUAUCAGAUCAAGAAUAUUUCUGCAGAAGUUCAAAGGAUCAGAAAAUCUUAUAAUUUGAUGAAAAUCAAAGGAAGCGGCCUGAUUGAGAAAAUGAACUAAGGAUAUAAAUGAUGUUUUUGUAAAAGAAUAUUUAUGAUGGAAAAAAACUUCAUUGUUUGUAAAUUAUAUAAUUGUUGAUGUAAAUCAUGAUGAGACUUAAUGUAAUUUAUAUGAACUUAAUGAGCGUUUGAUAGAUUAUAUUUUAGCAGUAGUCUAUUUGUGUGUAUGGUGAACAUGAAUUUAGGUAGGUGAACGACAUCUUAUGUUGUUAGAUGAUCUGUUUUUAUGGUCUUAGAAGAUAUUAUACUUAAGUUAUGCUAAAAAUUAAUAUAAAAGAUA